AUGGAGCAGCGCCGCCUCACCGACUUCUACGCGCGCCGCCGCCUUGGUCUCCGCGCCCCGUCUUUGCGGGUCAAGCCGACCUGGCGCACCCCCAGCCCCGCCAAGUCCGCCCUUCGCGCCCAGGUUCCCACCUCGAGCGGCAGCCGCAAGCGCGCCCGCCCGCCCGCCGAGCCUGCGAGCGACGAGCCCACGCGCGCCCGCCCCGCGCCGUCUGCGCGCAGGAGGCUGAGGCUGCCCGACAAUGUGGACGCUGGCCCUGGCUCCCCAGCUGCCCCUGACUCAACAGCUGCCCUUGACACCCCAGAGUACUCCCCUCCGAUCAAGAAGACAAAGAAGGCUGCCGUCUCAGCAGGUCAGCUGCCCAAACUGGCACCCCACAAGGGCAAGGUUUCCUCGAAAGUCACCUUCUCUGAACUCCAGUCAUGCCUGCAGCGGGCCCGGGAGCUGGGGGCUCGGGCCCAGGAACGGAAGGCAAGUGCCCAGGGGAAUGAUGCUGGGCAACCCAGUGCGCUGGAGGCCAAGGAGCACCCAGCAGGGCCAAGUGAAGAGAAGGCACCUGCCUAUCAACGCUUCCAUGCCCUGGCCCAGCCAGGGCCUCCUGGCCUCGUGCUGCCUUACAAGUACCAGGUGUUGGCUGAGAUGUUCCGCAGCAUGGACACCAUUGUCAGCAUGCUCUACAACCGCUCGGAGACCGUGACCUUUGCCAAGGUCAAGCAGGGUGUCCAGGACAUGAUGCGGAAGCGCUUCGAAGAGCGCAAUGUGGGCCAGAUCAAAACUGUGUAUCCUGCCUCCUACCGCUUCCGCCAGGAGCGCAACGUCCCCACCUUCAAGGACAAUGUCAAGAGGUCUGAUUACCAGCUCACCAUCGAGCCGCUGUUGGAUCAGGAGGUUGGCAACAUGGCCCCCCAGCUCACAGCCUCACGCCUCCUGCAGCGGCGACAGGUCUUCGGCCAGAACCUGGUGGAGCGUGUCCGGGAGCACCACAGGGUCUUCCUGGCCUCCCUGAAUCCCCCCAUGGUGGUGCCUGAGGACCGGCUGACACGCUGGCACCCUCGAUUCAACGUGGAUGAAGUGCCUGACAUUGAGCCUGCUGAGCUGCCCCAGCCACCGACCACAGAGACGCUGGCCACUGCUCAGGAGGUGCUGGCUCGAGCCCGAAGUCUGAUGUCACCCAGGAUGGAGAAGGCCCUGAAUGACUUAGCCCUGCGCACAGCUGUGCCCAGCAGCCCUGUGUCCAGCCCGGUACUGCCGGCCACUCCUCCGGACACUCCACCUGCUCUCCUGAAGGGGGUGUCCCAGGACCUGCUGGAGCGGAUCCGGGCCAAGGAGGUGCAGAAGCAGCUGGCACAGAUGACGCGGUGCCCGGAGCAGGAGCAGAGGCUGCAGCGGCUUGAGCGGCUGCCUGAGUUGGCCCGGGUAUUGCGUAGCGUCUUUGUGUCAGAGCGCAAGCCCGCGCUCACCAUGGAGGUGGCCUGCGCCAGGAUGGUCGGCAGCUACCGCGUGGCCAUGAGCCCAGGGGAGAUGGAGAAGCACGUGCAGCUCCUCUCUGAGCUGCUGCCUGGCUGGCUUAGCCUCCACCGCAUCCGAACCGACACCUAUGUCAAGCUGGACAAGGCUGCUGACUUGGCGGGUGUCACCGCACAGCUGGCUCGCCUUGCUCAUGCUGAGGAGAUGCUGUGA